GAACAUGCUCAAAAUAUUUCAUCAAAAAAUUCCACCAGGAAGACACCCAAACGGGCAAGUCCGCACGGCUCUGCCCGUCAAGCGCGCCUAACCAGAAUUGUACUCUAAAAUAAAGUAUCGCUACAACAAUAUACAAUAUAGUAUUGACAUAAUUGAAAACUACACUACUAAAGUACUACGCAGUAUUAAAAGGGGAUUAUCUCUUGAAUAUUACUAUUAGGAAGCUCAAUCCCACAAAAGUGAGUCCAAUUUAAAAAAGGCAAAAAAGUGACCUUAUAAGUCAUAACAUUGGGAACAAUUUCACGGUUCGUAACUUAAAAAACGGCAAGUUGCCAACUACCUUCCAAAUCAAUUUUAAAAACUACACGUUGGCAUAUUACCUUAACAAUGCUUAAUAAUGCACUCUAUCACAAUUGAUGGUUUUUCAAUUUAGUAUUAUUUUUAAUUUUCAAUGCAUUCCGUAACCACGCACUCUAAAAUAAGUCUAAAAAUUUGUUGUUUUUUUUAAUUUAAUUUUUGAAAAUAGAAAUUCGGAUAUGAAAAUUGUGUGACAAGUGACAACUGUUCGAAACACCGUCGUCCCAGUUAAUAAGUUAUUAUUACCGCUCCGGCGUCACUCUUUCAGUUACUAUCGCUCUAGUGACAUCAUCUCAGUUAUUAUCGCUCUAGUGACAUCGUCUCAAUUAUUAUCGCUCCAGUAACAUCAUCUUUUAUUGCAACAAGUUAUGAUUUCUCGUCGCCACUGUCGGGGUCACUGUCCCCACCGCCUGUGUCACUGUAGUCGCCGUCCGUGUCACUGUAGUCGCCGCUCGUGUCACUGUAGUCGCCGCCCGUGUCACUAUACCAGCCGCUCAUGUCCAUGUAGCUGCUGCCCGUGUCACUGUAGUCGUCGCAAAUGUCAUUGAAGCCACCGCCCUUGUCACUGUAGCCACCGCCCGUGUCACUGUAGCUACCGCGGGUUACUGACGUCAUGAAACAUGUCACUGUAAUCAUCCGAGACUUUUUCCGGCAACCCCGUCCACUCAACACUGCCCCCACCCCUGCCCCUUCCCAUCCCCAAGCUGCAGAACCCAGCACCCCACUUCUGCACCAUGUCCUGCCCAGCCCCAAUCACCAUAAUCCACCAUCCCAUUGCAGCCAUCGUCGAACUUAGCCGCCGCCACCAAACCCUGCCAUUGCCCUCCCAACCUCCACCAGUCUGCAGCCCCUUCCCUGUCGUCCCAACCUGACCACCACCCUACCAGCUUGACCGCCCCUUCAUAGUCCUUACCUUCCUGGUCUGGCCUCCUUCCCAGCCCCUCCCCAGUUGGUCUAACCCCUGUCUCCCUAAGCCAAAAUUCCAGAUCUGCGGCGGAUUUGUUUAGUCCCAAGGCGGAUGACAUAUUUGACCCACCCACGAAGCUCAUCGUUGACCACCGUUUUUAUUGUAGCAUCGAUGAAGCUCGCAGAUUUCAAUCUUCCCCAAUAUCGCCCUUUCGAUCUCAUCCUCGCGAUUUUGAGAUCGAAUCUGAGAAGGAGCGAUGGAGACAGCGUGAUGGCCAUGGAGGGAAAAUCUGCGUCGCUGGUCGCGAUUUCAGUUCUAGCGAUGGAGGAGAAGAGCAGCGAUGGCGACAGCGUGGCGGUGAGGCGGCGAAGGACAGGACGACAAAUGAGAAGGAAAAGAAAUGGAUCGGAGGCGAGGCGGCGAGGCGGCGGAGGUGUCAACGCGGAUGGAGGUGGCAUUGGUGUAGACAUCGGCGAUGGAACAUAAGAGUGAGAACAGAUGCGAGAAGAGAAAGCAGACCGUGAAUGUGAAGCGGAUGGGAAAGACGGAGAUGGAAUGGGCUUAUAAUUUGGAUCAGUUUUUUGUCUAAACAAAAAUUAGUCAUAUUUUUAUCCUUUGAAACUCCACUAGUAUUAUUUG